GAAAAUGCUACGAGGUUAAAUAAAUUCUCAGAAAAAAAUAAAGUAAAGCAAGCCAGUAAUCGGAAAUAUAAGACACUAAUCAAGAAUCAAUUCAAGAAAAUUGAGGUUUAUUUACAAAAACAAAAAGUUGACGAGAGUGCAGUUUCGGCUCAGCAAAAAGAAUUGGAAAUUUUGAUUUCAGAAACACAAAAUAUAUUAGACAAGGCCAAAAAUAAAAAAAUAAUCCACCCGAGAAAACGUGACCGCAAAAAAAGACAAUUAUAUAAUAGUCUAAAUAAAUUAAGAACCACAAAAGAA